AAUGUGAUUAAUUAUGAUCACUGUGGCCUUGGAUUCUAAGUGUUCAAUCAACCGUACCUGUGAUUUUAAUAUAGACUUAUCUUUUUUAAGAAACAAACAUGACGGUUCUUGUAGGUCGUGGUUCAAUAAACUUAAAUAUAUCCAAUAUUUACUUUCAGAAAAGUAAACCAUACGUUUGAAGUAUUUCAAUGAUCGGUGGAUAUGGGUAGCUUUAGGACUAUUGGUAAAAAAAUUAAAAUGGCGAUGCCUAGAAUGCAGAGUAGUUCCAGCCAAUGUUGCUUAUGUUCUAUUGGUGUGUUUAUGUUUCUAUUUGGCAUCAUAAUGAUAGCUACGGGUGCUAGUCUUAUUCUUAAUUACGGGAUAGUAAACGACGAUUUGUUGCUACCAGAACUUAGAAACGAUGAAGGAAAGAAAAUUGUAGGAAUUGUUUUAAUAUGCGUAGGGUUAGUUUUUGGAAUAGUGAGUGUGUCUGUAAGUGCUUAUUACUUUUGCGCGCCUGAAAAACAUCCAACUAUCAAACCGGAUGAUAUCAGAAGCAUUUCUAAUGGAAGUACUUUGUCUGGUACAAGACUAACAUCUACACAGAGAUCUGGUUCUAGACCUGGUUCUAACCAAAGUGCAAGAAGCGGUUCUAACCAAAGUGCACGAAGUGGUUCUAAUCAAAGUGCAAGAAGUAAUGGUCAAGGGGCAAGACGGAAGGUUAGUCCAGCUGAUGGACCACUCAAACCGAUCGAAAAAUCUUCAGGGAGUCAAUUUUCUCAAAGUAUACCUAGUGUUCACCAUAGAUCGAAAAACAAACAUAAGACGAAAAAGAAAAGCAAGCGACUUGUAACAAAGACACCAUUAGAAGAUAUAAAAGAAUUAGAUACGGUGUCCAGGAAAACAAUGGACAUCGGUGACGAUAAUAAUUACGAUACUCCACGAAGCCCGAGUGAAUUAGACUCUGCUUCGAUUAAUACUAGUGAAACGUCUAGUAGAGUACCAACAUACCACGUGACAGAUUAUAGCAUACAACAGACAGAUCAUAGCAUAAUAGUACAAAAUGGGAGUAGCAUAAACAAUUCGAAUCAUUAUGACAUGCAAACAAAUAACAGUGAGAUUGACGCAUAUCAUAAUGCUCUUCCGGGCACAGCGUCCUCGGAAAACGACAGUGACGAUCAAAUCAUAAAUAAAAAUAAAAGAAAAAAUCAUUCGCAUGGUAGUCAUGACAAUCCAACUUUCGAUGGUUGUGAAUUAGAAUCCACCGGAAGCGAGUCUACAAUCAACAAAGCAAUAUUAAGUGAUGUAUACGACGAAAAGUCCCAAACUUCAUCAUUGUGAUAGUAGUUUUUUUUUAAAUACAACGCUGUGACGUCUGCUGGUUUCAAUCGUCACUCGCCUGCUGAAUUUUGAUUGGCUGGUCCACUCAUGUGAUAACAUAUUUGAAUGAAGUGCUGAAUAUUAUAAGUCACUGUUGUUUUUUUAAUGUUCUAUAACUAGUAGUUACAUGUUAAAAUGUGUCGUAUGCUUGUGUCAAAAUGCCAAAUAUCUCCGUCUUUAAAGUAUAAAUGAACUGUUUAUUAGAAAAUAUUAAAUGCGUUGCCUCCAAACGCUAGAUUCAUA